AUGCUCGCGGAUCCAAUGCUCAUGAACCGUGAUACAUUGCACCUCAUAGCUUUGGUUCUGUCGGCAGGAAAACCUCUUACAAUCGGUCGCUCUCCACUCGGAAGCUACACGAUACCUUUGCCCUCGGUUUCGAAACUGCACUGUCGUCUUUACUCGGUCAGUGGCAUGACCUGCCUAGCCCCAACCGAGUUGUUCAACUUGGGCCUGAGAUGGACAAGCCGACCUUGCGCAGUUCGUCGUAGACACGGGUGACACGGUCGUCGUGUUGGAGGACCUGUCCAGUAACGGUCUAGUGUGCAACAAUCGACGGGUUCUGCGCAGCUCCGUCAUCCUGCGCGAUUGCGACGUGUUUGAAAUCGGCGAUCAGUGCUUUCAUUUCACCCGCACCGCACAGCCUCACAAUCGACCGGAUGGCACCGACGGCGGGAGGGAUGAACGCACACUAGCAAACUACAGUAUCUCAAAUAGUCGACUCGGAAGUGGCGGCUUCUCGGUCGUUCGGCUCGGCUUUGAUUUCGUGAACGGGCGUCAAACCGCAUGCAAAGCAAUCAAGCUCGACGCUCAGGAUCAGAGCCGAGGUUUCCGACAAAUCAAGACCGAAAUAGAGAUGCUAAAACGGGUCGGUGAACACCCCGGAAUCAAUCAGAUAUAUGACGCCUUCGUUAUAGGAAAAGAAGCGUGGGUGACAUCAUUGUCGGGGGCCAUGUUCGUCGGCCGCGCGAUGAACUGACUGCGCAGACGCAUCCCCUCAUCCGCCUUCGUUCGUGCCCAGGUUCAUCUUCCUGCAGCUGUGAGUUGAUGCCAAGCAGAAAUGGGUUCUUACACGGUCAUUUACUGAUGUGCUUAGCUUGGGCAGUAUGGCUGGUGGCGAUCUCUUCGAGUACCUUGCACGCCGCGGGCCCCUCCAAGCCUCUGAAGCGAAAUGGUUCGUAUUUCAGAUCGGGCUCGCACUCGCACAUCUUCAUUUGAAGUGCAACAUUGCACAUCGUGAUUUGAAGCUGGAGAACGUAUUGUUAGACGGAUACGGAGUUUACCCACGAGCACAAGUUGCCGACUUCGGUCAAGCGAUGAUCACCAAUCGAAGAUCCAGUUCGUUAAGAGGCACGAUGUUGUACAUGGCUCCCGAAGCACUCAGUGGACGUACUCGGCAACUCGGCUUCGAUUUGAAACCCGUGGACUGCUGGUCUCUAGGCAUCAUGGCUUCGAUGCUCCUCGUGGGAAGUCAUCCUUUCAAUCGAUGGCCCAGCAAACAUCCGACUCAAGUGUUCAGCAAGUCUGUCUACGGCGAAAGCGCUCGGCCCGAUCUGAUGGAUCGCUUUAAGGAGACACGCGUAGCAGAAGCGGUCCUCGAGGGGCAGAACGCGAUGUUGAGCUAUGAAAUAUUCGCGGGACCCCGAGAAGAGGACGCUCGAGAGCUAAUUUUGAACCUACUAGCGGCCGAACCCACGGUUAGAUGGACGAUCGAGGCGGCCCUCGAGUCUCGUUGGAUUGCCGCGAGCCGCCGGCAAUUGACGGAGUUGUACGCAGCCAAGACUCGAUGA